AUGAGACUCUCAACUUUUGGUGUUUUUGCUUCCCUGGCAGCGGGGCAGUACAAUCCGUCGGCUCAGAACGGGCUAGAGAAAAUUGUAGCGGAUGUUAAGGAGAAGUGCUUCAGCUACAUUGAUACAGCUCUUUCCUGUGAACCACCAAGCUCGAAGGCUUCGAAAAUGAAGCAUCGAAUCGGAAAAGUCCUCGACGAUGCCAUUUGGCACCACUCGCGAGGGAAAUGCGAGCCAGAUGCUUCGAGAAAACGACGUUCUGAUGAUGCAGAUUCCAGUUUUAGCGACUCUACUAGCAGCGAAUCAAGCGAUGUGGAGAUUUAUAUCGAUUAUGAGGAGGAUUUGGACGAUUUGAUGAUGCUUGGUUUGCAACGAGCUGGAAGCUCAAAUUUGAAGCUGAUCAAUAGACUUCAAGCUCAAUGCAGUAAAUUCGUCGAGAAAUUCACUGAAUCAGAUGAAAUUGCUGAUUGCGGUAAACAAGGAGCUUGGAAAAAGCGAAUCGAGUGGUUGGUCGAAGUCGUUGGAAUCAUGAAGAAUAUUUGCUUGAAAGCUAGUUCUGACUCGAUUGGGUAUUAA